AUGCUCCGUGUGAGCACAAGCGAUGAUCAAGUAGACCGAGUAUCUGUAUUCCGAUAUGAUGUUGCGGCAAACAAACAUUUUCGGGAGGCGAGCAUCGGCGGUGUGAGAAGUCCCGCAUUCAAGCACAGUCAACCAGCGACAUCUGACAGCUCGAUGCUCGACCACGUGUCGAAUACUAGAAGACAACAGGACGUUAAAAGCAGGUUGAUGGUCGUCAAUGAUCAGUUAUGCAAGAAGCCGACAAGUCGCAUUCGGAAAGACAAGGUCGAGGCUUUUGCGCGAUUUUCUCACUUCUUAUAUACUCGUACACACCGCGCGAUUGCGGUACCUCACAGACACAUGAUCUGGAUCGUGGCAGAAGAGAUGCAUACUCGGGUCGGCAAGCUGCAGGGAAGCGGUGCCACUGAACGCAUCAGUUUCAACUCCGCUGUCGCGUUUGGUCAAUGGAGCACAGUUAUUUCCGGGGAAAAGUUUGUCCAAAAUGCCAUUGGAGAGGCGCAGUACAAGCAUAAUGGCGUCUACGAAAUGCGACUUUCGGAAGAGGGCGGUACUCCAGCAUGCGUUUACGAGUUGAGUUUAUUGAUUUGCAUGUCUUGCUGUGAUCUUAGUGGCAUACAUGGAUCCUCAAUGACGCAGCAGCCUCGGUCUCUCUGCUGUGCGAAGAUGGGGCUGGGAGUGAGCGGAAGAGUAGGAAAUGCACAGAGAGCCAACAAGCAGUUGCUGCUCGAGUCCAAAGAUGGUUAG